AUGAUGAAUUCACGUUAUUCAGCGCAGCUUGCGCCCCUAUUGCUACGCCAUGGGAACAGAGCUGCCUUCUCGAGGGCCACCGCUCGGCUACCCAGACAAAUGCCAGCAGUAGCCAUUUUGGUCCCGCAUAAGUUCGCAUCGACAGACACAUCGCCGCGCGGAGGAGAGGGGCAUCCGCCACCAGGCUUCAACCUCGAACAGGCAAAGAAACCUCUGCCCAAGGAAAAGAAGGAGUCGUCCUUGUCCAACGAGGCCCAAGUCGAAGCAGACGCGGUUGGCGACAUCUCUGCGAGCAAACCCUCCGAAGCCGCCCCAACCAAGGCCGCAGAGCAGCGUGCGCUGAAUGAGCUCGCAUCCCAAACAGCAGCGGAAGACAAGGCGAACAAGAAGGAAGUGGCUGCAAAGAAGGAAGAGAAGAAGAAGAUGACACUUUGGCAGAAGGUAAAACAUGAAGCGCAACACUACUGGGAUGGAACCAAGCUGUUGGCGACCGAGGUCAGGAUUUCGUCCAAGUUGGCGUUGAAGAUGGCAGCUGGAUACGAGUUGACCCGAAGAGAACAUCGUCAACUUACGAGAACAGUCCAGGAUCUGGGUCGGUUGGUGCCAUUCUCCGUCUUUGUGAUCGUUCCGUUCGCCGAACUACUCCUUCCCGUUGCACUGAGGCUGUUCCCGAACAUGCUUCCUUCGACAUACGAGAACGCAAAGAGCAAGGAGUCGAAAGCUACCAGGCUGAGAUCUUCACGAAAGGAGGUUUCUCAGUUCUUGCGCCAGACGAUGAGGGAGUCCGGUCUGCCCAUCUCAGCAGCGACAGCACAAAGGGAGGAGUUUACUGAGUUCUUCCGGAAGAUCCGUGCCACUGGAGAGGAGCCUACGAAAUCAGACGUUAUCAAGGUUUGCAAGCUAUUCAAGGACGAUCUGACACUGGACAACUUAUCGAGACCACAACUUGUGGGCAUUUGCAAGUACAUGGCCCUCAACACUUUCGGCACCGACACCAUGUUGCGAUACACAAUCAGGCACCGCAUGCGACAGAUCAAGCGCGACGACAAGGCUAUCAGCUUUGAAGGCGUUGAAUCGCUAUCUGUCCCAGAACUUCAGACGGCUUGCGCUGCCCGUGGUCUGCGCACACACGGCAUGAGCCCCGGUCGCCUGCGUGAUGAUCUCACGCUCUGGCUCGACUUGCGACUCAAGUAUGGUGUUCCAAGCACGCUUCUUGUGCUCAGCAAUGCUUUCAUGUAUGCACAGGGCAAGGAGGCCGAGUUCGACAGCUUGCUCGGCGCACUUCAAGCUGUCCUUUCAAGCAUUCCAGAUGAGCUUUUCCACGAGAUUGAGCUCGAGGUCCACACUGCCGAAGGUGCUACCACCAACAAGCAGAGACUGCAGGUCAUCAGGGAACAGCAAGAGCUGAUCCAGGAGGAGAACCAGCAGACCGAAGAGCAGAAGGCAGCUGGUCGCCAGACAGAACAGGUCGACGACAAGGAGAACAUUGACGAGAAGGAUGAAGAGCAGAAGCAAGAAUCUGCUUUGACCAAGUCGCAACAAGCAGCCGCACAAGAGAUGUCAGAGGCGGAAAACGAUCUCGAGCUCCAGCAAGCAAAAUUUGACAAGGUCAAGGCAUCGUCAUUAAAGGAGAAGAUCGAGUCAAAGUAA